GAGAGAGAGAGAGAGAGAGAGUGCCAGGGGUUCAGACUCGGGGGGGCUGAUAACAAGCAUGGAGCGUACUGCCUUAUCAUCUCCAAUAACAGUGUCCAAUACCAGUCACCUGGCCCACCUGCCCGGGAUAAGAACGGUUUCUCGCCACGACGCCGAAAACUAACGCGACAUUUCGGAUCCACAAGAAAGAAGACCUCGAUCCAACGACCACUCAGAACGGCAGUCCAGUUCGUGUGUUGUUCGGAAUGUACUUUCCGACGGAGACCAGAUUUGGCUCUGACCUUCCGCCCUACCCUGAUGCGGACGACGCCUGGUCUCACGCCAACCUUCACGAGGACUUUAGACUCAACGUAAACCGGACGAGACAAACUUUGCCCUCGGCUGAGAGCUCCAACUUCUCCGAACCUCAUAAUGGAUUUGGCAGCGAAGGAACAACAGGCAGAUAUUGCUCGAGUCUGUGGGCUCACACAACGCAAGAGACCCCCGAGUUCACCGUGGGCGUGGACAGCAGCUUCCCCUCGGGCAUCUGUUCCCCUCACGAAGUCCAGAGCAGAACGGAGACUAACGCCCAGUCGACAUUUCCUCAGACUCCCUCUCACCUCUCCACGUCCUCUUUGGCUAUUCCUGACCCGCGUUCCAUCCUCACUCAAGACGCUUCAGUCGUCAGUCCUCACCACCUAGUGGAUGUUAUUCCCCCUCAUAUAUCUCCGAGCCCUCAGCAACAACAACAACAACAACAACAGCAACAACAACAACAACAGCAACAACAGCAACAGCAACAGCAACAACAGCAGCAGCAGCAACAGCAAUUACAACAACAACAGCAAGGGUUGUUACCUAUUGAGAAGCAGGAGGAACCAGCAUUACAGCCUGAUUCCACACAGCCGAGGCUCGAGCUGAUUAGUGAUUAUGGUGAAAAUAAUGGCAUUAGUUGUUAUAUUGAAAUUGGAUAUUAUGUAGAUGUGAAGAUCUGGUUCCAAAACCACCGCUACAAGACCAAGAAGCAGAGAACGGACCGCAGCAUGGACAUUGCCCCCCUCACCUCGCCCCGCCGCGUGCCCGUGCCUGUGCUGGUACGUGACGGCAAGCCCGUACCCGUGCCCCACCCCGCGCCGCCCCAGUUCAACACCCCGCCCACCUACACGCCCUCGUUCCUCGAUGUGGGCGGGUACUACCAGCAGGCGACCGCCCACAUGCGGGGCAUCGCGGCCCCUUCCAUGCCUCACUCCACCUACGGGAUGAUGUCCGCCGCCGCCUACAGCAGUCCGGGCCUCCAGGGGCAGUACGGCAGCCACGCCCUCACGCCCGCGGUCACCUCCGCCGCCAGCCUGCACUACGCGCCGCCGCCCACGAUGGCCGAGGCGCCCGAUCCCGCCUUCGCCCCCUCGCAGUAUUCCGCCUCCGGGUUCUCCUACUCGGCACAGACGUAAGGGUGAAGG